AUGAAGAAGAAGCCCAGCGGACUGCCAAGUGAGGCGGGGCAAAAAGAAGAACAAGGCCAGAGCACACCUCAGGCAUGGGCCAAGAACGAGUCAGAGGGUGGGUUCAGCUCCGACUCAUCUGUGGAGUUGGCGCCGUCCCUGAAAGUGGAUAAGCCAGCUCAGCCGAGGCAGUCCAUACCCGGAUUCAGACGCAACCGCAGCUGGCAGGAACCGGAACCCCGCCCAGAAGUUCAGCGGGUGCUGAACAGCUUGACCUCCUUCCGUUCAGCCAUGGUUGCCAGCCAGAAGCAGAUGCUGCAACUUCUCGACGAUGAAUUAGAGCGUCUCAAAACAGGUGCAGCAGCUGCAGUUGUGCCAAGCGGACGCAAGAGCCAAACAAGCACCACCAGCGAGGUCAGACGAUUUUCCUUCCCCUCCCCAUUCGCGCUUCUGCCAGCAGUGCAGAAGCAACGCAAACGCCGAAUGUCCUGGAUUCAGAAGACCAGUCCAGCCGAGCCCCCUGCGCCAUCACCAGCUGCUAUUCCUUCUUUGUUGGAGGGCGAGGUGGCCAAUUUGACUCGAGACGAGAAGGAGAAGAUCCGUAAGGAUGCAGAUGAGCAGCAGCAAAAAGGCUUGCUUACGCAGCUGGAUCCGGAACUUGCUCGCAGUAUGGUUCGCAAGCGUGCCACGAUCGACUUCGGAGACCCCGUGGCCGUAGCAGAGCCCAGCGGACGCUUGUACCGGCUGGCUAUUCAUCCAUACUUUGAGCGCGUGACCAUGGCUGUGAUCUUCUUGAACGCUAUGUGGAUAUCGGUGGACAUCGAAUUCAACAAGGCUGAAAUUUUGUCUGAAGCCGAGCCAGGCUUCAUUCUGGUGGAGAACCUCUUCUGCGUGUUCUUUUCCUUCGAACUCUUCGUCCGCCUCUGGACCUACACGCGCACCUGCAACGCGCUGAAGGACAUUUGGUACUUGUUCGACGUUUUCCUGAUGAUGUUAAUGUCCUUCGAGACAUGGAUCAUGCCUUUGGCGCAUGCCAUCACACAGACAACCGGCGACACCAUGACAGGAGGAGCAUCUGUCCUCCGUGUCGCUCGUGUGCUGCGAGUUCUCCGGACAGCAAGGAUGGCUCGACUGGUGCGACUGAUGCCUGAGCUGAUGAUUCUGAUCAAAGGCAUGAUGGUGGCUUGCCGCUCCGUGUUCUUCACUCUGGUCCUGCUGCUCAUGUUUACCUAUGUCUUCAGUGUAGCUUUUGUCCAGUUCAGCCGCGGAAAUGUUGUCCUCGAGACGAGUUUCUUCGGCUCAAUGGGCACAGCCAUUUGGACCUUGCUGCUGAGAUGCAUCCUCACCGACCAACAGUUCAUAAUCGAGGCAGUUGCGGAGGAGAGCUGGAUCAUGGCGGCUCUGGUUAUGGUAUUCAUUUUGUUCGGGUCGCUGACCGUGAUGAAUAUGCUGCUUGGAGUCCUCGUGGAGGCGGUGAAGACUGUAUCAACGAUCGAACGUGAGCAGCUGGAAGUCGACUUCGCCAAGAAGCUCAACGCUGAUGUUGCCAAAGAGAACGUGCGAAACCGUGCCGUGAAAGAGUUCGAACAGCGUCCCAUAGAGGAGGGAGUGCUUGCAAGUAUAGCGACACAUCCGUGGUUUGAGCGCAUCACAAUGGCGGUGAUCCUGCUCAAUGCGAUAUGGAUUGGCAUCGACAUAGAGAUGAAUGAAGCUGACGUUCUUGCGGAAGCCGACGUGAGUUUCAUUUUGGCUGAGAACUUCUUUUGUUUCUUCUUCACUGGCGAGCUUCUGCUCCGAUUUAUGAUAUACACUCGCAAGAUCUACGCGAUGAAAGACAUGUGGUUUCUGUUCGACCUGUUCCUAGUGAUCCUGAUGAUCGUGGAGACUUGGAUCAUGCCGCUGGUGCACGUUUUCUCUACGAGCUCAGCUGGCGCAUCUACUGGAGGGCUGUCCGUUCUCCGAGUCGCACGGGUCAUGCGCGUGCUACGAACGGCUCGGAUGGCCCGCUUAGUGCGCCUAAUGCCAGAGCUGAUGAUCUUGGUGAAAGGGAUGAUGGUGGCCUUUCGUUCAGUGUUUUUCACACUGCUUUUGCUGCUGCUGGUGACCUACAUAUUUGCGGUGGCCUUCAUGCAGUUUAGCCGGGGCACGCCUCUAGCGUCGCCAAGCGGACCGACUGGCGUGUUCAGCUCCAUGGGUAAGUCAGUGGAAACCCUCAUCCUGGGCACUGUUCUCACAGAUCAAGCCGGCCUAAUAAUUGAAGUGGGCAAGGAGAGCUGGAUUAUGGCGAUUCUACUUCUGAUUUUCAUUCUUGUGGGCUCGCUCACUGUGAUGAACAUGCUGCUAGGAGUUCUCGUAGAAGCCAUCAAGACAGUGUCCACCAUCGAGCGCGAGCAACUUGAGGUUGAUUUCGCCAAGCGUGUCCUUUGGGAGAUGAUCUCAAAAGGAGAGGCUGACUCAGAUGGAGAUAACAGAAUCUCAGAGGAGGAAUAUAUGAAUGUUUUACGCAAGCCAGAGGCUGUCACUGCCCUGACCAGCUUGGGAGUGGAUGUUGAGGCAGCUUUGGAUUAUGGUAAGCUGUUGUUCGAAGACGGCAUGCCGCUGACAUUUGGGGAGUUCAUGCGCGGCAUUCUAACUCUUCGAGGCUCCAACCAGACAACCGUCAAGGACAUUGUGGACCUUCGCAAGUUCACAGCCGACGAAUUCUCGCAGGUUCACGACGUCUUGAAUGGCUUGUCACAGUUUGUGGUGGCGCACUCCGCAGGACUAGCUUGA